GCGCCCAAAUUAAUACAACCUUCCUCAACACGACCGACCUUUGAUUCCAAACCUGAGCUCUAUCCUGGUGUCAAGGCAUGGGUUGGAAACAAGCCGCCACGUCCCUCUAACUCCGGUUUUGAUCGAUCAGUCUUACAUGUCAAACCAACGAUACGUGUUGAACAGGCACCAGCAGGCACCAGCAGAGUAGCAAAUGCCAGAUUUCAACAAAUUUGACCUAUAACCACCAAAUAUUUCCUUUUCUGAUUCUUCCCAUCCUCAUAUUUUUUCAAUAAUGAAGCUCGGCGCUUUUAUCUUACUGAUCCCCACCACGAUGGCGCUCCUCGGCGUCUCAUCUGUUCAGACCUGGCUAGCCAGCUUCCAGCAACCCUUGAAGGACCUCAUUGAGAACCCAUUUCGACGAUCCACAGUACCUCAAUUUAUCCUCGAUGCAAGACACCCAUGGAUUCUCGCCAAUCAGCGCAAGCUCGAGAGGCUUCCAAACGCAGAGGCCUUCUUAUGCUCUGGUCCUGACCCAGAAUCGAACGAAACAGGGAUAGAAACCAAAAACGGUGGAGAAGGGCUCGAAAUACCACUUGAUAUUUUCGACUACCUUGAAAUCGACAACAAUCGCGCAGGAAUCUCGCGUCCCGGCUGGCCGAAUGCUCUCGAGAGACUUGGCGAGAUAAACCGGUGUCAGCGAGCACUCACCCAAGCCAAGACGAUGGAAGUCGGCAUCUAUGUGCAUGACGGGAAAUAUUCAGAUCAGUAUCUGAAGAUCCUCGAGCCGCCUAAACCACCAGAACAGCUCUUGACUCUUUUUGGGGACGUCCUGGAGUCCAUGAUGAACCUCGAAACACUUAAAUGGGAUAUUCGUAAAGAAGACACUCACAUCUUCGAGGAAGCAUUCAAGUCGCGAAACCUGACUCUGCCGUCCAUCAAGCACCUUGAGCCUGGACCUUCCAGCCAUUAUCUGGUGGGUAUGUGUCCGAAUCUGGAGAGGCUCAAGAAUGGUGGUGGUUUUAUGUGGUAUCAUGGAUAUAUGCCUGAUAACCGCGACUGGGGAUUGAUGCUUAUUCAAGCUGCGGUAUCGACGCCUAAACUGAAGCGGUUUUCUAUGUCGGGUGGGCAUAGUGGGUGGACUCCAUCACUCAUCUCAGAAGUCAUAAAGUCUAUGCCCCAGAUAGAAAGCCUCGGGCUAUUUGGCUCUUUGGGGAGAGAAAUAGACUACACGGGUGUGAACACGGGUGAUACCGGAAGACUAAAAGCUGUGCUGGACAUGCUAACCGGAUUUGAAAAUCUAACGCAUCUUGCUCUUCCACCUUCUUCCAGUUUAGGUCUUGGUUUCAACGGUGGACCCGGCUGUGGAAAUGUCUAUUUUGGCAAGGAGGGCAGGAUAUACCUACGUCAAGUCACCAAGGAAGGAGCCGAAGCAACAGAGGAAGGCGGGAAUAUCGUGGUUGCGAAUUUGCCACAUUUGGCUAGUUUCACGAUAGGAGGAACGAAAGCGAAUAUCACACGGACUGAGGAUGGAACGAUUCAUGCGACGUGGCCUUGGACAGGGAGAAUGGAUGAGUGGUUGAUGGAGGAGGUGCCUGUCGGUUUUUGAUUCUGGGGAUGUAGAAUAUGAUAGUAUGUAAGGUUUGUGCUUUUGGAAUUCACAAGUGAAUGCUCACGCCCUCCUCUCUUCAAAUUACAUCAUUCACUGGGGUGGAUUCAAUUUUCCUCUACACAUUUAUUGUCACCAAUGUCUGCGGAAAUUCAGAGGGAGAGGAAAGAAGAUCAAC